CAUCUGGCGUCUGCAAAGAUUCAUGAUAAAUGACAUGAGUAAUGAGAUGGCGUCGAUAUGUUGACGAUGAUGUACACUUUUGUAUUUUAAAACACUAUUCGAUCAUGGAAUAUACAAGAUAACAAGUGAAGAUGUCGUCUCAACCUCCACCCUGCAGGUUUUCGGACUAUUUCGUCAUCUGUGGCCUCGAUGUUUCCUCCGGACUAGAGCCUGAUCGACUGUCAGGAGAUAACUUGCACUGUCCACCACUAGAACGUCCAUACAAGUCCAAGGUCCUUGCUCACUACCCUGAAAACGUACAAUGGAACCUGUUCGACAAGGAUGCUGUUGGCAUGCUCAGCCUGCCAAAAGGGUUGACGUUCCGUACUCAGAAGGAUUCCCGCCACCCUCGCUUCCACACCUUCAUCAUCACACGGGAAGACGGGUCACGGACAUUUGGGGCUACAUAUGUGUUCUACGAGGAGGUGGGGAACAAACAGAUCUGUGCCGCCAUGCAGACAUUACAGUCCAUGUUCCAGGCCGAAACUGGCCCGAGUCAGCACCGCUCCUCCAACUACCCCCCUGUACCCCACGACAGCCCAGUCUUUAUGAAGAAGAUCAUCCCAGCCAGCCGGGAGAAGGUGAAGACAUUUGACAUGAGUCGGGACAAACUGUAUGUGACAAAGUGUAUCUGCCUAGUGACACAGAUGCCGUAUGUUCGUGUGUGUAAGAUGUACCUCAAGCAGCUGCACGAGGCUGUGACCCGCCCGACCCAGCCACCCCUGCCCCUGGAGUGUUACGUGUAUAACAUGCUGUACGACAUCCCCCUUCCGCCACCGGGACGCUGCAUGAAGCUGUUCGGUGUCUCCGGACCCAUCUUUUGUCAACGUCCAGGUCUGUCUGAGCUGCCUCUGUUUGACUACUCUCUGUGGAAUCUGUUCCACAAGCUGGGGAUGGAGAAUGUUUUGCAGGUGUUCACCAGUAUCCUGCUGGAACACCAAAUCUUGCUGUACUCAUCAGAUUACCACAAGUUGAUGCUUGUUGCGGAGAGCAUCAACGCUCUCAUCUGCCCCUUCUCCUGGCAACAUGUGUACGUUCCUAUUCUCCCCGCAUCCCUCCAACACUUCCUGGAUGCCCCUGUACCAUUUAUCAUGGGCCUGCACCGAGGCCAGGAGGACCGCUCCGAUCUCAAGCUGCCCAGUGAGGCCAACAUGUGUUUUGUCGACAUUGACCUGUGUGUGGUGGAGGUGGCUGAAGACCUGCCUGUGUUCCCCCAUCGGACAGAGCUGAUAGAGGAACUGACCCCAGUGAUCCAGGAAUACCAGGACAAACUGGGAAGGGAGACUACUACCACCAGCACCAAGAGCUACCCUGGCACCCCACGCAGAGACAACAACAAGGUCCUCUCCCAGACAGCAGAGUCAGGAACUGGGAGCUGGCCCAACUCACCCAAGAAGAUGGAGAUUCUGCAGCAGAGUGAAGCAUGGUUGAAGAUUUCCGACCUGGCAAAGAAGACUGGAGUAUGGGAGUCCAUUGAGGAUUUUGCUGAGGAGGGCAAGAUGGCUACGAAGGAGAAAGCAAGGGAAGAUCCUGAUCCUAGUAUAAUGCCUGCGAAUGAGGUUGAUGAACUAAAGUUUAACAACUGCAUCAGGGAGAUCUUCUGUAACAGAUUUGUUCACAUGUUCAUGUCGUAUGAGGCAUUUGUGAUCCAGCCAUCACAGGACAUGGACUCUUGGCUGAACAGCAGAGAAACCAUGCACAACUUUGACAAGGCAGCCUUCCUCAGUGAUCAGCCAGAAGCCCAUCUCCCGUUCCUCUCUCCCUUCAUAGAAACUCAGAUGUUCACCACCUUCAUUGACAACAAGAUCGUGUCUCAGUGGGAGAGCUGCGAUGCUUCUCUCACACUGUUUGACGACAGGAUUAAGGCGCUGAGGGAGUCUGGGGUGGAGACGAGGACAGACUUCUACAGUGAAUGUUCCACAGCUAAGGAUACAGAGGCAAGCAUUGAGAAGCGAGCUACGUACAUUGAUCAUGUCGCAUCAAAGCCUGCAAUGCCAUGUAGCCCGUUUGAACCCGUGAAGAUCACCACUGGCUUCUUCCCUACACUCAACAAGGACGUUCUCAACACAGAGCCUGUCAGCAAUAAAUCCAAGGUGCGAGAUAAUGCCAAGUGGCGGAGGAAGGAUCGGAUUCUGCAACAUGCAGAACACCUGCAACUCAAUUCCGACCAGAGAGAGUUUGCCUUGGCUGAAAAACAUGCCAAACAGUGGCUACGCUACAUCCAGGAAGCUCGUCUGAAGGCCCUGCGUCAGCCCAAGCUGUCUGACAUGUCGGCCCAGGGAAUGGUGCAGACCAACUGGAAGUUCGUGGAGACGCUGCUCAAGGAAUGUAAGACAAAGACAAAGAAGAUGCUGGUUGAAAAGAUGGGUCAGGAGGCAGUGGAGUUGGGGCAUGGAGAGUUGAGCAUCACAGGGGUGGAGGAGAACACUUUGAUAGCCAGUCUGUGUGAUCUCCUGGAGAGGAUAUGGAGUCAUGGUCUGCAGACAAAGAAGGGGAAAUCUGCGCUGUGGUCCCACCUUCUGAGUUUCCAGGAGAUUGAGGAGAGCAACGACACAAACCGAGCCAUCGACCCCAAGCUAUUGACACCAGGUCCCUUGAAAAGACAUAGCCUGAUAGACAUUAGCUCUUUCUUGGAUGGGUCCAUCAAAAUUUUGGGCCGGUCCAUAUCCUGGAGCAACCUGUCCGCUAUGGCCUUGGAUGGAGAGAAGACACACCCUGUCAAGACACAUCGACGUCGCAGCAGCCAGGGACGGAUUGAGCUGCCUGUCCUCCGACCUCUGGCAAAGUCACUGGCACAUGAUAUGAGGAGAGUGCAGCAGAUGACGGAGAUCAAGACACACGUGGGAUGUGCUCGAGCCUUUGUCAGACUUGCCCUAGAGAAGAAGAUGUUGUCGACGCACCUCAAGGAGCUCCUGCAGGACACAGACCUACUCAGGAGCCUUUACAAGCGCUACGCCUUCCUGCGGUGUGAGGAUGAGAGAGAGCAGUUCCUGUACCACCUCCUGUCUCUCAAUGCUGUCGACUUCUUCUGCUUCACCAAUACAUUCUCACAGACAGUUGUGCCAUACCGAGUCCUGAUCUACCCCAGCACCAAGUUUGCAUGUGGAACAACGAGUGCUGUACCCUGGAUCAGCAUCGCGGGGCAACUCGGGGAGACUGGAGUCAUGGACAUACCGAAAGGAUGUCUAGAGUUCUCAGUGGAACACAAGAACCUGGGUGUUCUGACGACUCUACGUAUCGGCCAUGACAACAGUGGCAUGACUCCACGCUGGUUGGUGGAGUACGUGCUUGUCAGGAAUGAGAUCUCAGGACACACUUACAGAUUCCAGUGUGGGCGAUGGCUGGGGAAAGGUGUGGAUGACGGCAGCAUAGAGCGCCUCCUGGUGGCAGAGCUUGUACAUCAGACAUCAGAGGUUGAUGACACAGUCACAUGCUACACACCUCCACGGAACAGGUCGCCCAGCUCUCCCAGGAAGAACUGUGAUCAGGGUCUGUCCAUCCCGGAGCUGCAGGAGAAUCUAGGGCAUGCAGUCAACAACUUGGUCAAGUACUUCUACAAGCCAGAGAAGGAGAGAGGCAACCUGACCUUCCUACUGUGUGGAGACCGGGGCCUAGUCCAGUGCAUGGAGCAGAUUUUCCAGUGUGGCUUCCGCUCAUCUAGAUUGUUCCGUAACAAGAUGUUUAUAUGGGAUCUCUUUGAGAAGAUAAAGGUACAGUUUGAGCAUGCGCUGGCUGGUGGAGUGCGCCGGCCGAUAGCGGAGGUGGCAAAGGCAGGGUACUGGCUCUUCUGUAAUCUUCUCAACAAGAUCAAUGCAGCCACUGAGACCAUUGGCAAAGACGGGAAGUUCCAGAUCUUCAUCUGUGUGGGCAUUAGAGAUCACUGUCUUCACCGCUGGCUCCCUCUCAUGGCUCAGACCAACAUGGUAGCACAGAUGUAUGAGGAGAACUGCUUCAUGCGUGACCCCAGUCUCAUCAACUUCCUCGUCCACAUCUUGGACACUCUCAGUGAGUUUCCCAUUGUGUUGGAAGCCUCCUUACUGCGGGGACUGGACAUCUGAAGAGGCUCCUUGUACCGUGUUGCCGUCACUACAGAUGAUGCAGACAAGCAGGGCCAUGUUAUCGGGAGUCUGUUGGUGUGGGCUGUGAUAUAUCGAUGUCUGUGAACAUUUGUUGACAUUGAUGUGAUGAUGUGAGAGAUCAUGAAUGUGAUUUGGAGUGACUGAUGUUUUGACCCAGUGACUGUAAUUCCUUGUGAUGUCUCUUGAUGAGUGUCAGGACUGUAUAAUCCAAAAGCACCUGAUCUAGUCUUGUACCUGCCACACAGACAUGUGUGCGCAAGGGGCUUCAAGCAUCUACUCCAAGUCAUCAAUAUUACUAUGUUGUUUUUGUGCCAAAGAAUAGCGAUCUUCAAUUAAUUAUUUAUUUGUGACUUGUGCAAUUUUAGAAUUAGAUCACCCUACAAAGUACAAGGGUUGAGGUAGGAAAACAACAUCCAAGAGAUGUCACCAACUAGCAUGAGGUCAGUCACUAGCAACAGUUCCUGGAGUAGGCUAGACUAUCAAGACCCUGCCAGCUUCAGCAUGAGGUCACUAGCAACAGUUUCUGGAGUAGGCUAGACUAUCAAGACCCUGCCAGCUUCAGCAUGGGGUCACUGGCAACAGUUUCUGGAGUAGGCUAGACUAUCAAGAACCUGCCAGCUUCAGCAUGAUAUUCUUACAUGACAUCACCAGUUUCAUGAGUACAAGACAUUGUCACCAACUUUGGAAAGAAAAGACAGCAUGAUGUCAUGGUGGUGCAUAUGGUAUGAGGUAGAGACUCAGAUGGCAGGUCAUGCUGUAUGUUUAACCUGGAGAGUUGACUUGAAUGUUUUAAAGUCAUUUAUUGAGCUCAUGUGAAUAACAAACUGAGGUAUAUUGAAAUUGAAAAUGUUAUUUAUGAACUUGUGGUCAAGGGUUGUCUAAACGCUCAAGAUUGAAAUUUGCACAUUAGAAAUUAAUCAUAUAAAAUAUUUAUUUUCUGUAAAUUUUACCCUGAUUAGUGAAAGUUGAUUUGGCUUAAUUUUAAACAGAUGAAGUGCCUUGAUUGUUCACUAAUGGUUUGAUGGUGGUUUGUUUUGUCAUGUGAAGGUGACCUUACACUAGUGAUAGCCAUGCUAGCAGCAGGAGCACUGGGUGCCAGUGACUGUUGGUAACCAUGGUCACUAGAACAGGACAUCCACGUGUCUUGGGUUUUAACCUUGAUCUCACUGAUGCAGACAUGUUUUAUUCCACAAAUCGUUGUUGAUACAUACCAUGUGUAUAUGUUGUACAGAUGAGAGUUUUAGAGAGAGCCAUGUGAUAUGAGGUCAACACUUCUUAUGUGUAUACAAUUUCUUAAUAUUGAAAGGUUUUAUUUGCUAUAUUGAAUUGUUAUGAAGGCAGACUCAAUGAAAGUUCAUAGCUGUCUUUUGUGUAAACUAGUAAGCUGUCCUAAACUCUUCCACAUUCUGGUUACCCUUCCAUCUAAAGUCCCUCCCCAGCCUGUAAAGAUGCCCUGCGGCUCCCCACCCUGGGUAGAUUACCUUCCGACUACUGACCCUCCCCAAUAUGGGUAGAUGUCCUUCCCACUACAACCCCUUUCCACCCUGGGUAGAUUACCUUCCCACUAUAGCCCUCCCCACCCUGGAUAUAUGCCCCCACCCCCUACACUCCCUGCCCUCCCCACCCUCGGUAGAUGUCCUUCCCACUACUGUCCCUCCCCAUCCUGGGUAUAUGCCCCGCCCCCUACACUCCCCACCCUAAUAAGAUGUCCUUCCCAAUUCUGGCUAGAUGUCCACCCGACUACACUCCCUGCCCAUCCCAGGUAAUUGUCCUUCCCUCUACUGUCCCUCCCCACCCUGGGUAUAUGCCCCGCCCCCUACACUCCCUGCCCCUCCCCACCCUGGUUAGAUGUCCUUCCCACUACUGUCACUCCCCACCCUGGGUAUAUGCCCCGCCACCUACACUCCCCACCCUGAUUAGAUGUCCUUCUCACUUCUGUCCCUACCCAUCCCUGGCUAGAUGUCCUUCCCAUUACAGCCCCACGCCACCCUGGGUAGAUGUCCUUCCCACUUCAACCCCUUCCCACCUUGGGUAGAUGUCCUUCCCCCUACACUCCCUGGCUCCCCCACCCUUGGUAGAUAUCCUUCCGAUUACUGCCUCUCCCCACCCUGGGUAGAUGACAGUCAGUGUCCUCCCUUCCUGUACAAAUCCUUGGUAGGUAAUUUACUCCAACCUUGAGGGCACAAUCCCAUAUUGACUAUGUAUCAAGUCCCCUCCCCCUCUCUCAAGACAUUGUUAAAUUUUGUUGACAUUUGUUUGUGUAUAUUAUACUAUUAGUGCUGUGCAAUCUUGUCACUACUUAAAAUAGCUGUUUCUCCAUCUUCCAUGUGUCUUCAGAAACAACCUCGUUAUGAAGUCAUGGAGGUGAAACAAAUUCACUAUCACCAGUAGAUGUAGAUAAUGUCUGUAUUUACUACUAUUUAGGGUCUGCGCUGUAGGGUUAAUAGCCCAGGUGCUACCGGCACCAAGCUGCAGCUGUACCUUGAUGUACAGUGCUUACUUUACCUAGCUGUAUCUAGCUUUCUGCCAUUUUGUACCAGGCUUACCAUACCCUAUAUAGAUCUGUGUCUCAAUGUAACCAAGAGCCAGCUAUAAGAAACAUACAAGUAGUUUUCCUGAACACUACCAAACAGUGAACCAAACCUUACAAGUGUAGAGUUUCCCUAUAGGCAGUGCUAGUAUUAUCAGAAACAAAGCUGAGACCUAUUGGCUUAGUUCAGUAAUCCUUAACAGACAUAUCAGUUAUAUUGGGGUAGUUGUAUGGACGUUAUUCCCUUUGCCUUACUAGCAACUUGUUCUCCUCUGUUGAUCUGAUUGUUGCAAUGUUACCAUGGUUACCGAGUAUUGCCUGGUAUCAAUGAGAUUACCAAUGUUUGUGUUAUGAAAAUCAAACAUGUAACUACACCAUGACUUUGUUAUACGUUUUCUACAGAUUUGAUUACAUCUUUGAUUAGUUUAUGCAUGUUUAUAUCAGCAGCUUUGUAUGUAGCUGGAUAUAUGUGAAUCUGACAUUAAUGAACAGUAAUAUAUCAGCUUAGUUUAUGAUGAAAAUGUCGGGGAUUCAUGAUAAAGAUGUAGCAGAGUAGCCUAACUCUUGAAAAAGAUAUUGUGGAUAAUCCUAGUACAUGAUAAAGAUGGUGCAGAGUAGCCUAACUCUUGAAAAAGAUAUUGUGGAUCAUCCUAGUACAUGAUAAAGAUGGUGCAGAGUAGCCUAACUCUUGAAAAAGAUAUUGUGGAUCAUCCUAGUACAUGAUAAAGAUGUUGCGGAUUUGCUCAUCACGGCUAACAAGUCUAUGACUGCAUUAUUUCAUCAUGUCAUUUCAUCAGACCAUAUGCUUGUGUGAUGAUUUUGUUCAGGGUACCAGGUUUUCAGAUUAGACAAAACAUGGGCAGACACAGACUCGACGUAAGUUCACAGGUACCCAUGUUCAAGUCCCGUCUUAAGCAUGUCAGAGACAAAAAUGGCAACCAGCACAUAUUAAGAUUCCACACAAGCCCCGUCCAAAGAGGUAUCUCAAACAUUAAGUAAUUCUACAGACAUUCAUUCAUAAGUAUAGGUUACUCACUGUAUGGUUUUAGUUUAUGCUAGCUGCAGUAACAAUAUCUCUUUGCUGCUCCGAUAAACGAUUUUGAUGCUGACCUGUAGCGUGGGCUGCUCCGAUAAACGAUUUUGAUACUGGCCUGUAGUGUCAUUUGCUCUGAUAAAUGAUUUUGAUGCUGACCUGUAGUGUGGGCUGCUCCGAUAAACGAUUUUGAUACUGGCCUGUAGUGUCGUGUGCUCCGAUAAACGAUUUUGAUGCUGACCUGUAGCGUGGGCUGCUCCGAUAAAUAAUUUUGAUACUCGCCUGUAGCAUGGGCUGCUUUGAUAAGAGAUUUUGAUACUGACCUGUAGCGACACAGAGCGACAAGUCAAAAUCAAAAUCGUUAAUAGGGAGCAGCAAAGAGAUCUGGUUACCGCAGCUAUGCAUGAUAUUAAUAGAGCGUUACUGUUGUUUUAGUUGGAUGUUUUACCUCAUGUUCUGCAUCAUGCUGCAAUCGUCAUGUCACUGUCUGCCAGCUGCACUUUUAUUUAUUUGUGAGCCGAGAUGUUAUGUGAGUUAUCCCCCUUGUACAUACCCCGCCCCAGUGCCGACAGUGUAUACAUACAUCAGCUCACGUGACACUAUUGCUUGUCUCAGCCCAUGCAUCCUAUUCUAGGUUCACAUUGGUGAGAGCUCAUUUCAUUUGUGUUUCGAUAAUAUCAUUUGUGAUGUCAUUAUUCCCUUGAUUCUGUGUAAGUUGGUUGCCUGAAUGUCACAGAUGCAGCUCCUGUGAUGUGUGACAUGGAGGCUGUCAGCGGAUGUUACUGUGCGAUGUUGCAGCUCUCUCACGUACAUACAGGCUCAUCACUGUGUGAGCUGACUGUAUUAUGUAGAGAUGGUUGGAGCGUGAGUGUGCGAGAUCGGGAGUGGGUGUGUGAGAUGAUAGUAUUACAGUGAUAGUGCUGUCACUACUUGUUGAAUAAACAAUGUUGACAUGGUAAA